UGUGUGUGUGAGCUGGGGGCAAGGUUGUGGCAGGCCAGGAGAGCAGCAGGCAGUCGACAGUCCUGGCACUGCCAUCCACAGCAGAAACAAUCGCCUCCAUGGAGCUCCCAGAGUUGCCGCUAUGGAACCACUCCGGACUGCCUUCUAAUAACACGUCUCCAUGCUCGGAGAGUGCAGACUUCCAGUACAUCCUGUUCCCCGUGGUGUACUGUUUGGUCUUCCUCCUCGGCCUGGGAGGGAAUAUUUUUGUGUUGGGCUACUUCCUCCGGACCAAGUCAGCCACUGCCCCGGCCAAUGUCUUCCUGGUGAACCUGGCCACCCUCGACUUGCUCUUUGUGCUGACCUUGCCCUUCCGCAUCAUUUACCACGCCCACCAUAAUGACUGGACCUUUGGCGAAGCCCUCUGCAAAAUCACCGGCUGCCUCUUCUUUGCCAACCUCUAUGGCAGCUCCCUCUUCCUGGCCUGCAUUUGCCUCGAGCGCUAUAUAGCUGUAGUCCAUCCGCUGAAGCACCUCCGGUUCCGGCAGCUGCGCUACCGCCUGGUAGCUGCUCUAGGAGUAUGGCUAGUCCUCAUCGUGGCCAUCCUGUUCCUGGCCCUCCGUGGGUCCCUGACCAGCCCCUUCGCCGAUGGCCGCACCGCCUGCCUUGAAAACUUCUCUUCCAGUUCCUGGAAGGGGCGCAUCUCGGGCAUCAGUAUCUUCGCCGCCGUGGUUGGCUUCCUGCUGCCUCUUCUUUUGAUCGGUGUCUGCUACCCGCUGAUUGCCUGGCGCCUCCUGGCUUCCCCUGGAUUGCAGGCAAGCUCCCGAGCAGCGAGACGCAAAGCCCUGCGGAUGGUGCUGGUGGUCCUUGGGGUUUUCCUGGUCUGCUUUGCACCGUAUCACAUUGUGCAGUUGGUGCACACGUUGGGCCGAGUGGGUGUCCUGGGCAACUGCACCCUUGUCCGCACCACCUACGUGGCUCGUCGCAUCACUAUGGUGCUGACCAGCCUCAACGCCUGCCUGGACCCACUGGUUUAUUAUUUUGCUGCUGAACGAUUUACUCGGCAACCAGGCUGGUGGAAGUGUGGCUGUUGUCAGCCAGAGAGCCCCCAACGGCCUCUGGGGCUCCCCAGGUUGAUUGCCAGCAAGUCUUCUUCUUCUGGAGAAGCCACAAGGGCUGGCACAGAGCAGUGAGCAGAGAAAAUCUGU